UGCAGGAGUCCCACAGUUUGUAGCAGAAGAAGCUAGUCACCAUGUCUCAGCUGGAGAAUGCCAUGGCGAUGAUAAUGCAAGUGUUUGACAAGUAUGCCAGUACUGAUGGCAAGAAGCAGACUCUGACCAAGGCUGAGCUGAAGACAAUGAUGGAGAAGGAGCUUCCAGCAUUUCUGAAGGCUGCCAAGAACCAGGAUGAGGCUGACAAGCUGAUGAAGGCCCUGGAUCACAACGGAGACUCAAAGGUGGACUUCAACGAGUUUGUCAUCCUCGUGGCAGCUCUGACCUGCGCCUGUCACAACCGCUGACCUAGACUCCUCGCAAAACAUCGACUGCAACCUGAUUGGCAGUUUUUUUACACAUUUGUAACAGUGCUCUUAAAAAAAGUCAAUUGUUUACAUAAAAU